AAUCUCUCUAUGGUAAAAAUUUGACAGCUGGAAAUUCGGCCCGAUUUUUGUAAAAUUCUUGGAUAAAUUCCCGAAUAAUCAUGGCUUUCGGAGAUUAUCCUAAAGAAUAUAAUCCAUCAGUUCAUGGGCCUUACGACCCUGCCCGCUACUAUGGAAAACCUGAUACUCCCUUUGGGCAAGUAAAAUUGAACGAAAUCGGCUCAUGGUUGGCUCGCAGGAACAAGACUCCCUCUGCUGUCAUGGGUGCCUGCAGCCGAGCCUGGUGGAGCUGGCAACACAAAUACAUGCAGCCCAAGAGAGUUGGAAUUGCUCCGUUCUUCCAGCUGCUGGUUGGCUCGAUGACCUUCUUCUAUGCUAUCAACUACGGAAAGAUGAAGCACCACAGGAACUACAAAUACCACUAAAGAAAGUUUUGUGAUAAUAUUCAAAAACAUGUAUUUAUGAUUGUAACACCUGCAUGUAAAAGUUUAUCUGGUCUAGAUCAUUUGUGUUGUAUGUAACAGCUGCAAUAAAAAUAUUAGUGAAAUAAGA